CUUGUUUCUGCAUUUGUAAGAGGUAGCAAAUAACCAGAGACCGGUUACUUCCUUAGAGUUCCAAAUGCGGCGACCGUCAGUACUCGACGAUGAGCAUCAAACGCUCUUAUACCAACCGACUUAUUCCACAUUCCAUCCUCAAGAUGGAGAGACGCCAAAGACGGAGGAACCAGGAGUUACAAUAACAAAUAAUAGAUGUGCGGUUUUCCCCCAUAAUCUCGUCACUCGGCUGCUGCUCAUCAUGCUUGUUUUGUUUACUCUCUUGUAUGGUAUAUACUACCUCAAGGCAGUCACAGCCGCCACGAGCACAGUAGCACUCGACUAUGCUACCUAUAAGGGAACAAAUUCAAACGGCAUCACAAAAUGGCUUGGGAUGCGAUAUGCUGCAGCUCCGAUUGGCGAUCUGAGAUUCGCGGCUCCUCAAGACCCUCCUGUUGUUGGAGGUGUACAACAAGCUGACAAGCAUGGAAAUGUUUGUCUGGGAACCGGCCAGAACCCGCGUGUUGGAGGAACCUCUGAAGACUGUCUAUUUAUUGACGUCUACGCGCCGACAGACGCGACUCCUGAAUCAAAGUUGCCGGUGUACUUUUUCAUCCAGGGUGGUGGCUUCAACUACAAUGCCAACGCUAAGUAUGAUGGCAGUGGACUGAUCUCGGCCUCUGGCAACAACAUCAUCGUGGUUACUUUCAACUAUCGCGUCGGUCCAUAUGGCUUCCUCGCAGGUCGUGAGGUCGACAGUCUCAACAACGGACUGAAAGAUCAGAGGAAGGCCUUGGAAUGGGUUCACAACUACAUUGACAAGUUUGGAGGAGAUGCGGGCCACGUCGUCCUGGGCGGAGAUUCUGCUGGUGCCGCAUCAAUCGCCUUACUCCUCACCGCGUACGGAGGCCGAGACGAUAAACUGUUCGUCGGCGCUGCGGUGGAAUCAGUCAGUUUUGGUCCCAUCCUGACCGUCGACGAGAGCCAGUACCAGGUCGACUCGUUCGCCAAACGACUAAAUUGCCCGACGGGUGUCGAUUCUGGAAAGGACACAAUGACCUGUCUACGUUCCAAAUCCAGCACGGAGUUGCAGUUGCAGAAUCACAACAUACCAUAUCCGGGCAACCAGCAAUCACCAUUGUUCAUGUGGAACCCAGUCCUUGACAACGCAUUGGUCUCGAACUACACCUACGCGGCCUUUGAUAACGGUGCAUUCGUCCAUGUGCCCGUCAUUUUCGGAGACGACACGAACGGCGGCACGGUCUUCACACCACGGCUGACAAAGAGCCAGAAACAAUCAGACACUUUUCUACGCAACCAGUUCCCCUUCCUGACGACCCAGCAGCUGUCUCGGAUCAACGCCCUCUUUCCCAACAAUGGUCCCACGUUUCCCAAGUCGGGAUCCUGGUGGCGCCAAGUCUCCAACAGCUACGGCGACAUGCGGUACAUGUGUCCCAAUCUUUUUAUUGCCAGCGCCUUUGUGCGGUACGGGAACAAGGGAACCUGGAACUACAGGUACAACGUCCAGGACCCGGCGCAGGUCAAGAGCGGCCUGGGCGUCCCUCACACGGUCGAGAUCGGGGCGAUUUGGGGUCCGACAAACGUACGAGGUUCGGCGCCCCCAAGUUACAAGGAAGGGGCAUCGAAUCACUGGAUCGUCCCGCUCAUCCAGGGAUACUGGACCAGCUUCAUCAGAGCGCUCGAUCCGAACGUACACCGUGUCACCGGGUCACCGACGUGGCAGGAGUUUGCCAACAGCGACGCAGGCGGCUCGUCGACGACAGACUCCUCCAAGUCAAAGUCCACCAACAAAAUGGUCGACGUCGACGCGUUGGACUGGCAGAGGAUGCUCUUUGAUUCCCAGCAAACCACCGGCAUGGAGGAAGUGAGCACCUCGGUCCGCGCUCGGUGUCAGUACCUGAGUAGUAUUGGGGUUUCGAUACGGCAGUAGUGCAGUGAAUCCACUUUGCACUAGCCGUGGCAUUGAGUUUUUUUUGCCCUUUUAUUUUUGGGUUGUUGUUGUUCCACCACCUUUUUGAGCAUCGGCGCUGGUGGGAUUGAUUGGAUUGUGCUUUUUGGCACCUUUGAGCCUCUUUUUUGGGGGGAAACAAAAAUCAUCUCGUGGAGGUGUUUGUGGUUUAUUUGGCUUACAUACUUCAUUUACCUUUGCAGUUUUUGCAUAGAAUAGAUACAUUGCCCCAUGGACACACACACACAGAGAGAGAGAGAG